CGUUUCGUGACGUGGCGAGAAAGCUGAAGCUGAACGACAACGAGCUUCUGAAGACAGAGAAGAGGUUCAAGACUUUCAUGGAGAGUUACGGGAAGCGCUACGCCACGAGGGAAGAGUACCUGCACCGUCUCGGGAUUUUCGCCGGCAACAUGGCCAAGGCGGCGGAGCACCAGGUGCUGGACCCCACCGCUGUCCACGGUGUCACGCAAUUCUCUGACCUCUCUGAGGAGGAGUUUGAGAGGUUCUACACCGGCGUCAAAGGCGGGUUCCCGGCGAGUAAUGCUGCUGGCGGAGUGGCGCCGCCCUUGGAGGUGGAAGGCUUGCCGGAGAAUUUUGACUGGAGAGAGAAAGGGGCUGUUACUGAAGUUAAGAUGCAGGGUAGAUGUGGAUCUUGUUGGGCUUUCAGUACCACAGGGUCUAUAGAAGGAGCCAAUUUUAUUGCCACCGGCAAGCUCCUUAAUCUUAGUGAACAACAGCUUGUGGACUGUGACAACAAGUGUGACAUAACAGAAAAGUCAAGCUGUGACAAUGGUUGCAAUGGAGGCCUCAUGACAAACGCCUACAAUUACUUGAUUGAAGCUGGUGGAUUGGAGGAGGAGUCUUCAUACCCUUACACCGGAGAUAGAGGUGAAUGCAAGUUUGAUCCAGAGAAAAUAGCAGUUAGAAUCACAAAUUUCACCAAUAUCCCAGUGGAUGAGAACCAAAUUGCUGCACAUUUAGUCAAACAUGGUCCACUAGCAAUUGCCCUGAAUGCGGUUUUCAUGCAAACUUACAUUGGUGGUGUCUCAUGCCCUCUAAUAUGUGGCAAGAGAUGGCUCAACCAUGGUGUGCUUCUAGUAGGAUACAAGGAAAAAGGCUUCUCCAUUCUGACUUGGCAACAAGCCAUACUGGAUCAUCAAGAAUAUGGGGGAAGAACUGGGGAGAAAAUGGGUAUUACAAGCUUUGCCGAGGGCAUGGAAUGUGUGGAAUGAACACAAUGGUUUCUGCUGCCAUGGUGGCUCAAACGCCUACAAACAGAUUACAUGCUUCCUAUUAGCUA